GCGCGAGGAUGCUGCCCUGCCCGACGGCCGCUUGGCCCCACCUGGCCGCCCCCGACCCCUCCCCGCCGCCGCCGCCGCCCACCAAGACCCGCUUCGACAUCGAGUCGCUGCUGGCCAAGGCCGAGCCGGUCCGCCGCAGCCCCCCGACGCCGCUCUCGCCCGCCGCCUGGCCGGCCCCGCGCCUCACCUGCGCCGUCGGCCUGCUGCCCUUCCCCGCCCUCUACCUGGCCCAGCCGCCCAUCGCCCACCGGCCCUGCGCCCAGCCCGCCGCCCCCACGCCAGUGGCAGGCCUGGAGCUCCCUCCAUGUGCAGCCGCCCACGCCCUGAGGACUCCCCUCCUGUGGAGAUCUGGGGGUCCCUGCAAGAUGAAGAGGGUCCGCACCAUCUUCACCCCGGAGCAGCUGGAGCGGCUGGAGCACGAGUUCCUCAAGCAGCAGUACAUGGUUGGCACGGAGCGCGUGGGCCUGGCCGCCACCCUGCACCUCACAGAGACGCAGGUGAAGGUGUGGUUCCAGAACAGGAGAAUUAAAUGGCGAAAGCAGAGCUUGGAGAAAAAGGCGGCAAAACUAUCUCAGUUUGGGACGCCGCAGCCGACUUCCGCAGAGUUGCCUGAGGAACAGGACAGCGAAGGAGACCCCGUGGAAGUGGACGUCUAGGUGCUGCUUUGGGGGCUUUCUUGUCCCAACAGCAGAUUUUUUUGCAUGCGUGCAUCUGGUUCGCACCUGGAUCCUGGGAAGGAAGAGGAGGAGGAUGAGUGGCGCAGCUAUGGCCCAAUCAGGAUGCUUUCAAGGGCCCUGCCUGGCUGACCUGAAGGCGAGGUGUGUCCACCCGCCACCCCCAACAGCAGCCAGCCUUUAUUUGGUCCUGUGUAACCCAGGCAGCAGGACAGCACACGGACAUGGACGUAGCAUCAGGAAGCCCCUCAGCAGAGUGCGAGGAGGGAAGACGGCCGUGCGGGUGCCUGCUGCCCCUGGCCUCUGACUGGGGGCUGGAGAGGGAGGGGCGCUGCUGGCCUUCAGAACAAGUCCCACUCAGUUGUCUUCGCUCGUGCUCAUGACAGACCUCUCCUCUCUCAGCUCCAUGGAUUUGCUGGGUUCUUGGUGAAAACUGCCUUGCGCCGCUCCCCUCCGUGCCGCUUGCCCCCGGGUGUUCCCUGGGCUGGCGGUCUUUGUGGUUUCUUCAAGCCCUGAAAGCCCAGGAGAGGUGGAGCUCCGAGCAGAAUGGAUUACCACCGCCUUACAUAAUUUGGUACUUCCAGGACCCUGUUUUCCUUAACACUCCUUUCUGCACAACCGGGGUUGUUGUAAACUAAUCCAAAAUGAGGGGUAUAUUUACUAGACCUCCUGCUGGCCCAUCUGAGCAGGGAAGGUGUUUAUUCCUGCCCCAUGUGCAUGCGUGGGACACCCGAAACAACCAGAGGUCCUUCUUUGGCACCUUCAGCAGAGCUAGUUGAAGGCAGCAGGUCCCAUCCCCUGUCUCUGGCAGUGAUCUGCUGGGGGCCGAGGGGUGUGUGUGUGUGCCGUGGCCGUGGCUGAAGCCUCCCUGGGCCAGCUGCUUCCUGCAUUCUUCAGCUCUGGUGUGAACCCUUUUGCCCCUGGGGGAUUUCGCACGUGCCUUUCCUAAGGGCUCAGCUGGGGCAUCUUGUUCCCCGCAGCUGACAGGUAGCUGUUGCCUGCAGCCCUGGACUGGAGGGCGGGGUGGAUUGCUCUCCUUUCCCCCCACCUCCGGGAGAUCUUGCAAGCGUCCUCUGCAAUUGCGUGCCUGUCUCAGGACUGGGGCCAGAGUUGUUUAUAUGUUGUGCUAAAAUCUGGAUUGUGCAGAGAAGAAAUACUGCCAGGGCAGCAAAAUGCCAGGCACUGACCUACCUGCCUCCUUGGCCCAAGCUCCGGCCGGGGUGGGGCUGGUGUUUCCGGGGCUCCCUCUGCAGGUUCUGCCUGCUUGGGCGAGAAGAAGCCUGCCCUUCCUUUGGCAACGGUCUCUGCUCAGCGGAGUCCUCCCUCCAGGUUGGAUCCCCAUCCCUCAGACUGAGUCCAGGGGGCCAUCCUGGUAGAGACCUUGCCCGGUCCUGCAGUGGCGUCCCCUGCAGGGCUAGCGCUGGCUGUGCAGCCCCAGGGGGUGAGUCACGGUGGGGGUCAGCCCCCCCUUUCCCUGGAAACGGACUCCUUUCUGGAACCUGCUGGUCCAAACAGUGAUAGCCGUGUGUUUGUGUGUGUGCA